AUGGCUCUCCCAUACAGGGACAUCAACGUCCAGGUCUCCUCGGAUAGCUACAUCUUCACCUCGCCCUCUUCCCCGAACGCCCCAGCCUUGACGAUCGAUCGGCCGACUGGAGAUAUCCGGCUUACAGAUGGCAGCUCCCUCGCUGGAAAGCGCGUCUCUCGGGUGACCAGCAUCGCCGGUAUCUUGGGUAUCAUCCAGCUACGACUUGAUAAAUAUGUCAUUGUCAUUACCAAGAUCCAACCCGUCGAGCGCCUCAAGGGCCAUAUGGUCUAUAAGAUCAUCGCCACCGAGCUACUUCCCAUGCGCGAGCGCCAGGUCCACGAUCCCGACGAGGAUAGGUUCCUCCUCUUGCUCAAGACCUUCAUUAGAUCCGGCCCCAUGUACUUCUCUUACUCGAUCGACCUCACGAACAGCUUCCAGAGACAGGCCCAGCAUGGCAACUCAACGCCUCUGUGGCAGAGGGCCGACGAUCGCUUCUUCUGGAACAAGUUUGUCUCCACCGAUCUUAUCGAGUUCCGCACCAGGGGCGGGCGAGGGCACCCUGGACCUCAGCCUAGUGUAGAUGCAUACAUUCUACCCGUCAUUUUUGGAAUGCUCGAGAUUCACAAGACUACGUUCAAGAAGACACGGUUGACCCUUGUGCUCAUCACUCGACGAUCGAGACAUCGGGGCGGAACAAGAUACUUCUCAAGAGGUAUUGAUGACGAGGGGCAUGUUUCGAAUUACAACGAGACGGAGCAGGUCGUCAUCCUGAAUGAUAGCGAUUCCGGACUUGGUGGUUUCGCAGGCAAUGCGGACAUGCAGAGCGGCAAGCUGGGUGGCUCGGACGGGCGCGAGAUGCAGAUCCUGGCCUAUGUCCAGACAAGAGGAAGUGUCCCUGUCUACUGGGCCGAGAUCAAUACGCUGCACUACACCCCGAAGCUGCAGAUCCGGGGGAUCGAUGCCGCCUUCCCAGCAGCCGCGGCCCACUUCAAUGAGCAGAUCCGCAUCUACGGGGACAAUUAUCUUGUCAACCUAGUGAAUCAAAAGGGCCGUGAAAAGAGAGUGAAGGAUGCGUAUGAGCAGAUUGUGGAGAAACUGGUCACUGCACCGAAGGAGCGAGUCCAAGCCGACCAGCUCACAGACGAGAAGUUCCACACCAUCGAGCCGGGUGCGUCCAAGCAGGCCUUCGAUCGACUUCAUUACGUGUACUUUGACUUCCACAGCGAGACCAAGGGCAUGCAGAUGCAUCGCGCCCAACUGCUUGUCGACAGGCUUGAGGAGGCUCUGGUCGCGCAGCAGUACUUCCGUGCUGUCGAUAUGCCGGCCGGCAUCGACGGCCGCAUGGAAGUGCGGAACCACCAGACUUCCGUAGUCCGCACGAACUGCAUGGAUUGCUUGGACCGCACCAACGUGGUGCAAAGCAUGCUGGCGCGGUGGACCCUGAACCGCAUGUUCAUCGACCUCGGUCUGAUGCAACGCGGUACCACCUUCAAGGAGGAAGACCCGGCUUUCGAGCUUCUGUACCGCAACCUGUGGGCUGACAAUGCCGAUGUCGUCAGCAAAAGCUACUCGGGAACCGGUGCAAUGAAGACAGAUAUCACGCGACUCGGCACGCGCACAAAGGCCGGAGCGUUUGGAGACGGUAAGGUUGCUGUUAGCCGGUAUUUCCGCAACAACUUCCUUGACGGCCCGAGGCAGGACGCCUUCGACCUCUUCCUCGGCGUUUACACGCCCGGCACAGCCAGCAUCGGCUCGAGCCUCAUUUUUGCUGACCGCCGCCCUAUUCUGAUUCAGUCCAUCCCCUACAUCCUAGGCUUUGCCGUCUUUUUGGUGUUUGUGGGCAUGUCCUCAAGACGCCUGCCCGACGCGGCCGUCUGGCCCAUGCGGCUGUUCAUUUUGUUCUGGUUCUUCGUGGCCGCCUGGUGCUUCCAGUUCAUUCGGAGCAACGGCAUGCUUUAUGUAAACUGGCCAAAGCUGAACCCUCGACCAUACGUUGCGGAGGGCUACCAGGAGACAAUCAGCAAAGUUAGAAAAGAUCCAGUGAUAGGCGGUCUUGUCGCAAGACAUGAGCGUGGCUUGAGCACCGCAAGAUAUCUCAACGCCGAGGAGGGCAAGAAGAGAAUUGAAUAG